CUUGUAGGAAGAGAUGUCAGGAGAAAGCGUGGUGAGCUCAGCGGUGCCGGCGGCUGCGACUCGCACCACCUCCUUCAAAGGGACUAGCCCGAGCUCCAAGUAUGUGAAACUGAACAUCGGCGGCGCCCUCUACUACACCACCAUGCAGACGCUGACCAAGCAGGACACCAUGCUCAAGGCCAUGUUCAGCGGCCGGAUGGAAGUGCUCACCGACAGCGAAGGCUGGAUCCUGAUCGACCGCUGCGGCAAACAUUUUGGGACAAUACUGAACUACCUGCGUGACGGGGCCGUGCCGCUCCCCGAGAGCCGCAGGGAGAUAGAAGAGCUGCUGGCUGAAGCGAAGUACUACCUGGUCCAGGGGCUGGUGGACGAGUGCCAAGCAGCCUUGCAGAACAAAGAUGCGUAUGAACCGUUCUGCAAGGUACCGGUCAUCACGUCUUCCAAAGAAGAGCAAAAACUGAUAGCCACUUCUAACAAGCCAGCAGUGAAAUUGCUGUACAACAGAAGCAACAACAAAUAUUCCUACACCAGCAACUCCGACGACAACAUGCUGAAGAACAUCGAGCUGUUUGACAAGCUGUCCCUGAGGUUUAACGGGAGAGUGCUUUUUAUCAAAGACGUGAUCGGAGACGAGAUCUGCUGCUGGUCUUUUUACGGGCAGGGGAGGAAAAUCGCCGAAGUCUGUUGCACAUCCAUUGUUUACGCUACUGAGAAAAAACAGACGAAGGUGGAGUUCCCGGAAGCCCGCAUUUACGAGGAGACGCUGAACAUUCUGCUGUACGAGUCCCAGGACGGGAGGGGACCUGACAACGCGCUCUUGGAAGCCACGGGAGGGGCAGCCGGCCGCUCCCAUCACCUCGAUGAAGACGAGGAGCGAGAUCGCAUCGAGCGCGUGCGAAGAAUUCACAUUAAACGUCCAGACGACAGAGCCCACCUGCAUCAGUGAGCCGAGCCAUGGCCGCGGACUGCGCAGCUCUGGCUGGAAGGUGCUGCCCUUCCCCUUCUCGAGUGUCUGCAGCAGAGGACCAGGAGGUUUCCCUUCUGUUCAGUAAAGUAUGUAAAUUCUGUUUUGUAACAAACUAGGUUAUUCGGGGUAUUUAAAUGCAGUAGUUCUAGGAUGAAAAAUAAAUAAGGUUACCGGGCAUAUGAUAGAUACUGUAA